AUCAGCUGUCCGCUCCCCACCCACGUGAAAUUGAACGCAGUAUUACAGCACAAAGUGAGGUUAGGUCGACAAUUACAACAAUUGCGGCGCAAAAGUGAACUGGUUAUUUAGUAAUUACACUUCAGUAGUACGACGAACGAAUUCAUCAUUCGGUCUAUUAAAUUUUAUCGUGGGAGUAUUAAAUAGGAAAAAAAUUGAAGAAUGAUGCGUAUCGGUGUUCAAGCUGUCCGGAACGUUCUCGGAGCGAGAACGUUCGCAAGUGCUCCUGCGGAGGCUGCUACUGUUUCGUUAGGGUUUAAGGUCCAGGAUAAUAAGGAUUUUAAUGAUCGAGUCAAGAACUCGAAGGUUCCAGUAAUCGUUGACUUUUUUGCGACCUGGUGCAAUCCUUGCCGCAUGUUAACACCGCGUCUGGAAUCUGUCAUUGCGGAGAAGCAAGGAAAAAUAAUAUUAGCCAAAGUAGACAUUGAUGAAAAUACUGAUCUUGCUCUGGAUUAUGAAGUUGGCUCAGUUCCUGUUUUGAUUGCCAUGAAAGAUGGCAAGGUUCUUGAGAGAAUAGUCGGACUUCAGGAUAUGGAUAAAUUGCGUCAGUUUGUUGACAAAUAUGCAGAAGCUUGAAAAAAAAGCAGUCGAAAAAAAUUCGUUGUAAUGUAGCAAAACGAGCUUUAGAUGAACUUUCUUUUUUUUUUCUAGAUAUUUAAGUAUCCGCAAAAUUCAGUGUUUCACCACAAACAAUAUAUUGAUCGAUAUUUGCGAUAUAGUCGUUAAUAAAUAUUGUAUUUUGUAACAUCUUUAA